GGUGGGUCUAUGGUACAUCACCUGAGUUGUGGGGUAAAUGUAGAGAGUGUCAAUCAAAGGCAGAGCUCUCAGAGCUGGGAAGGAGGCUCUAGAUGGCGGCUGUGCCUUAGAGAGAGCGCGCUCUGCUCCCUGCCUUCGCCUCACUUUACGCAACUUUCCCUAACUUUCAGGCAGCCUCAGGGGGCCCCCGCAGCCCCCUGCCUGUCCUAGUGACUUACUGGGGUCGAUUCGAACCUUUUUUAGGGAGAAAAGCAGCUUUUGGGAGCUUUCUUUUCGUGCCUUGUUGGAAAGAAGCAGCCGUACUGAGAGCCCAGGUCGUUGUUUUUUCCAGCUUAGAAGCCAUGGCGCACCUCCAUUUUUGUGCGCUCUGCUAAUGAGGUUUUUUUUCUUCCGGACCCGUUUUAGGAUUAAUUGUUGCUGUAUUUUUUUGACCAGUUAACAUAUUUGAGGAUAAUUUUAUUUAUUUUUUGUUUUUUAACGGAGAAUUUUGUUUUUAUUUUUAAUUAUUUGGAUCUGAUAUUUUUCUACUACUAGAUAGGACUCUUGCUUUGGACCUACUACAUGGAUCAGUAAAUACCUGGGCACAGGACUUCAAAGCAAACACAGAUUCCCCCUCCCCCUUAAUAUUUAAGAAUUAAAAGAUGAUGAGAAAUAAGGACAAAAGCCAAGAGGAGGACAGUUCGCUACACAGCAAUGCAUCGAGUCAUUCAGCAUCUGAAGAAGCUUCGGGUUCAGACUCAGGCAGCCAGUCGGAGAGUGAGCAGGGCAGCGAUCCAGGAAGUGGACAUGGCAGCGAGUCAAACAGUAGUUCUGAAUCUUCGGAGAGUCAGUCAGAAUCUGAAAGUGAAUCGGGAGGUUCCAAAUCCCAGCCAGUUCUUCCAGAAGCCAAAGAGAAGCCAGCCUCUAAGAAGGAACGGAUAGCUGAUGUGAAGAAGAUGUGGGAAGAAUAUCCUGAUGUUUAUGGGGUUAGGCGGUCAAACCGAAGCAGACAAGAACCAUCACGAUUUAAUAUUAAGGAGGAGGCAAGUAGCGGGUCUGAGAGUGGGAGCCCAAAAAGAAGAGGCCAGAGGCAGCUGAAAAAACAAGAAAAAUGGAAACGGGAGCCCUCAGAAGAUGAACAGGAACAAGGCACCAGUGCAGAGAGCGAACCAGAGCAAAAAAAAGUGAAAGCCAGAAGACCUGUCCCCAGAAGAGCAAUGCCCAAACCUCGUGUUAAAAAGCAACCUAAGACGCAGCGUGGAAAGAGGAAAAAGCAAGAUUCUUCUGAUGAUGAGGAUGAAGAUGAUGAAGCUCCCAAAAGGCAGACUCGCCGCAGAGCGGCUAAAAAUGUUAGUUAUAAAGAAGACGAUGACUUUGAGACUGACUCAGAUGACCUCAUUGAAAUGACUGGAGAAGGAGCUGAUGAACAGCAGGAUAAUAGUGAAACUAUUGAAAAGGUCUUAGAUUCAAGGCUGGGAAAGAAAGGAGCCACUGGAGCUUCUACUACUGUAUAUGCAGUUGAAGCUAACGGAGACCCUAGUGGCGACUUUGACCCUGAAAAGGAUGAAGGCGAAGUCCAGUACCUCAUCAAGUGGAAGGGCUGGUCGUAUAUCCAUAGCACGUGGGAGAGUGAAGAGUCCUUACAGCAGCAGAAAGUGAAGGGCCUAAAAAAACUAGAGAACUUCAAGAAGAAAGAGGAUGAAAUCAAGCAAUGGUUAGGGAAAGUUUCUCCUGAAGAUGUGGAAUAUUUCAACUGCCAACAAGAGCUGGCCUCAGAGCUGAACAAACAGUAUCAGAUAGUAGAAAGAGUAAUAGCUGUGAAGACGAGCAAAUCUACACUGGGUCAAACAGACUUUCCAGCUCACAGUCGGAAGCCGGCACCUUCCAACGAACCUGAAUAUCUAUGCAAAUGGAUGGGACUGCCCUAUUCAGAGUGCAGCUGGGAAGAUGAAGCCUUGAUUGGAAAGAAAUUCCAGAGCUGCAUCGACAGCUUCCAUAGUCGGAACAACUCAAAAACCAUCCCAACAAGAGAAUGCAAGGCCCUGAAGCAGAGACCACGAUUUGUGGCUUUAAAGAAACAGCCGGCAUAUUUAGGAGGAGAGAAUCUGGAGCUCCGAGAUUAUCAGCUAGAAGGUCUCAACUGGCUUGCUCAUUCUUGGUGCAAAAGUAACAGUGUAAUCCUUGCUGAUGAAAUGGGCCUAGGAAAGACCAUCCAGACCAUAUCAUUCCUCUCCUACCUGUUCCACCAACACCAGCUGUAUGGCCCCUUUCUUAUAGUCGUCCCUUUAUCCACCCUCACCUCAUGGCAGAGGGAGUUUGAAAUCUGGGCACCAGAGAUUAACGUAGUGGUUUACAUAGGUGACCUGAUGAGCAGAAAUACGAUACGAGAAUAUGAAUGGAUUCACUGUCAGACCAAAAGGCUGAAGUUCAAUGCACUUAUAACAACAUAUGAGAUCCUCUUAAAAGAUAAGACUGUGCUGGGCAGUAUUAACUGGGCCUUUCUGGGAGUGGACGAAGCCCAUCGGUUGAAGAAUGAUGACUCUUUAUUGUAUAAAACUCUGAUUGAUUUCAAGUCCAACCAUAGGCUCCUGAUUACGGGGACCCCUCUUCAGAAUUCCCUCAAAGAGCUCUGGUCCUUGCUGCACUUUAUUAUGCCGGAGAAGUUUGAGUUCUGGGAAGAUUUUGAGGAAGACCAUGGGAAAGGGAGAGAGAAUGGCUAUCAGAGUCUUCAUAAGGUGCUAGAGCCUUUCCUUCUCCGGAGAGUGAAAAAAGAUGUGGAGAAAUCCCUUCCUGCCAAAGUGGAACAGAUUCUCAGGGUGGAGAUGUCAGCCCUUCAGAAACAGUAUUACAAAUGGAUUCUGACUAGAAAUUACAAGGCUCUUGCCAAAGGAACAAGAGGCAGCACAUCUGGUUUCCUUAAUAUUGUGAUGGAACUGAAAAAGUGCUGCAACCACUGUUAUCUCAUUAAACCUCCUGAAGAAAACGAAAGGGAAAAUGGACAGGAGAUUCUUCUGUCCUUGAUCAGGAGCAGUGGGAAGCUGAUUCUAUUAGAUAAACUGUUGACAAGACUUCGAGAAAGAGGGAACAGAGUCCUUAUCUUCUCUCAGAUGGUGAGAAUGUUGGAUAUCCUGGCUGAGUACCUGACUAUUAAGCACUAUCCUUUCCAGCGUCUGGAUGGUUCCAUCAAGGGAGAAAUCCGAAAACAGGCACUGGACCACUUCAAUGCAGAUGGGUCUGAGGACUUCUGUUUCCUGCUCUCGACACGGGCUGGUGGCCUGGGAAUCAAUUUGGCUUCAGCGGACACAGUUGUCAUCUUUGAUUCUGACUGGAACCCCCAGAACGACUUGCAGGCACAAGCCCGAGCCCACAGAAUUGGUCAGAAGAAGCAGGUAAAUAUUUACCGCUUGGUUACAAAGGGGACCGUGGAGGAAGAGAUCAUAGAACGGGCCAAAAAGAAGAUGGUAUUGGACCAUCUGGUGAUUCAGCGCAUGGAUACCACUGGCCGGACAGUUCUGGAAAACAACUCUGGAAGGUCCAAUUCAAAUCCUUUUAAUAAAGAAGAGCUGACAGCGAUUUUGAAAUUUGGAGCGGAGGAUCUCUUCAAAGAACUCGAAGGGGAGGAAUCAGAGCCUCAGGAAAUGGAUAUAGAUGAAAUUUUGCGCUUGGCUGAAACCAGAGAGAAUGAAGUCUCAACAAGUGCAACAGAUGAGCUUCUGUCACAAUUUAAGGUUGCCAACUUCGCAACAAUGGAGGAUGAAGAAGAACUAGAAGAGCGUCCUCACAAGGAGUGGGAUGAGAUCAUUCCAGAGGAGCAAAGGAAGAAAGUAGAGGAGGAAGAGCGGCAGAAAGAGCUGGAAGAAAUUUAUAUGUUGCCUCGAAUUCGGAGUUCCACUAAAAAGGCUCAGACAAAUGACAGUGACUCUGAUACUGAGUCUAAGAGGCAGGCCCAGAGAUCCUCUGCCUCUGAGAGUGAGACAGAUGACUCUGAUGACGACAAGAAGCCCAAGCGCAGAGGGCGCCCCCGAAGUGUGCGGAAGGACCUCGUGGAGGGAUUCACUGAUGCCGAGAUCCGGAGGUUCAUCAAGGCGUAUAAGAAGUUUGGUCUCCCUCUUGAACGGCUGGAGUGCAUAGCACGUGAUGCUGAGUUGGUAGAUAAGUCUGUAGCAGAUCUGAAGCGCCUAGGGGAAUUGAUUCACAACAGCUGUGUGUCAGCAAUGCAAGAAUACGAAGAGCAGCUGAAAGAAAAUGCCAGCGAGGGGAAAGGACCAGGGAAAAAGAGAGGCCCAACUAUCAAGAUAUCUGGGGUUCAGGUUAAUGUGAAAUCUAUUAUCCAACAUGAAGAAGAGUUUGAGAUGCUGCAUAAAUCUAUCCCUGUAGACCCUGAAGAAAAAAAAAAAUACUGCUUAACCUGUCGUGUCAAAGCUGCACAUUUUGAUGUCGAGUGGGGAGUAGAGGAUGAUUCUCGCCUAUUGCUGGGAAUUUAUGAACACGGCUAUGGAAACUGGGAGCUAAUUAAAACGGAUCCAGAGCUUAAGUUAACUGACAAAAUCCUGCCAGUGGAGACAGAUAAGAAGCCCCAGGGAAAGCAGCUGCAGACCCGAGCGGACUACUUGCUGAAGCUGCUCAGGAAGAGUCUGGAGAAGGAGGGGGCCGUGACGGGCGGGGAAGAGGCCAAAUUAAAGAAGCGGAAGCCUCGAGUAAAGAAGGAAAACAAAGCACCGAGGCUGAAAGAUGAGCAUGGAAUUGAGUUUUCGUCUCCUAGACACUCAGAUAAUCCAUCAGAAGAGGGAGAAGUAAAGGAUGAUGGCUUAGAAAAAAGUCCAAUGAAAAAGAAACAGAAGAAGAAAGAGAACAAGGAGAACAAGGAGAAACAAAUGAGUUCUAGGAAAGACAAGGAAGGGGACAAGGAAAGGAAGAAAUCAAAAGAUAAGAAAGAGAAGCCUAAAGGUGGUGAUGCCAAAUCUUCAAGUAAAUCAAAGCGAUCUCAGGGUCCUGUCCAUAUUACAGCAGGAAGCGAACCUGUCCCCAUUGGAGAGGAUGAGGAUGAUGAUCUGGACCAGGAGACAUUCAGCAUAUGUAAGGAGAGGAUGAGGCCUGUGAAAAAGGCACUGAAACAGUUGGAUAAACCUGACAAGGGGCUCAGUGUACAGGAACAGCUGGAGCACACCCGGAACUGCCUGCUGAAAAUCGGGGACCGGAUAGCCGAGUGCCUUAAAGCUUACUCAGACCAGGAGCACAUCAAACUGUGGAGGAGGAACCUAUGGAUUUUUGUUUCCAAGUUUACAGAAUUUGAUGCUCGAAAAUUGCAUAAGUUAUACAAGAUGGCUCACAAGAAAAGGUCUCAAGAAGAAGAGGAGCAGAAGAAGAAAGAUGAUGCGAUUGGUGGUAAAAAACCAUUUCGACCAGAGGCCUCGGGUUCAAGCCGGGAUUCCCUGAUGUCUCAGUCCCACACCCCACACAACCCUCACCCUCAGAAGCCUCAUUUGCCUGCCUCUCAUGGCCCACAGAUGCAUGGACACCCAAGAGAUAACUAUAGUCACCCCAACAAGAGACACUUCAGUAAUGCAGAUCGAGGCGACUGGCAGAGGGAAAGAAAGUUCAACUAUGGUGGUGGCAAUAACAAUCCACCCUGGGGUGGUGACAGGCACCAUCAGUAUGAGCAGCACUGGUACAAGGACCACCAUUACGGGGACCGGCGACACAUGGACGCCCACCGUUCAGGGAGCUACCGACCCAACAACCUGUCCAGAAAGAGACCUUAUGACCAGUACAGCAGUGACCGAGACCACCGGGGACACAGGGAUUAUUAUGACCGGCACCAUCACGACUCCAAACGGAGGCGAUCCGAUGAAUUCAGGCCUCAAAAUUACCACCAGCAGGAUUUCCGACGAAUGUCUGAUCACCGCCCCCCUAUGGGCUACCACGGCCAGGGACCCUCGGACCAUCACCGCUCUUUCCACACAGACAAAUUGGGGGAGUAUAAACAGCCCCUUCCCCCGCUGCACCCCGCAGUCUCAGAUCCUCGCUCGCCCCCGUCUCAGAAAUCUCCUCACGAUUCCAAGUCACCCCUGGAUCAUCGGUCUCCUUUGGAGAGAUCACUAGAACAGAAAAACAACCCAGAUUAUAACUGGAAUGUUAGAAAAACAUAAAGGACAGCUUGGAAAGAAGGGGAGUGCAAGAGUCAUUAAGCACCUGGAUGUUUUUGGUCUGAUCCACAGGAGCCAGUUACCUAGACCAGUGAUGGCGUUUCUGGACACGCUGCUGCUGUCAGCUCGCCGCUGAAGGAGCACUUCAGGGAGUGGGGGGCCUUUCGCUCGGUCCAGCUUUGAUUUGGGUCACCACUCCCGCACUUGGGCACCCCAUCCCAUUCCAGCCUUGUCCUGGCCUCCCACUUUGAUGGGUGCUAGGAGGAAGAGGUGACGUUUUGUCUACCAGCUUCACGGGCUGUUCCCCAGUGAAGGAAGAAAGGAUCUUAGAGUCGUGAAUGUUUUAUCACCAGGGCUGGCGCGCCCUGGACCUCGGCGCGUGGUCGGGGAAGGCGCGUGUGCACGAAGGCUGCUGGGACCUGCUGGACAGCACGGGGUUUGGUUCACCAUGACGUGACAGAUGCUGCUGUUGGGGAGCGGGGCGCGGGGGCGAGCGGGUGGGGUCUCGCAUCAUAGGACUUGAAGGGGAGCAGGUACCCCCCUCAAACGUGUUCUUGGGAGAAGUGACACUCGGCCUCAUCAUGUGACACCUGUGGUGCUGGGGGCGUGGGGGACUGAGGGGGAAACACUUCCACAGCGGCCGCUUCCUCACCAACACUAAGUUUUCCCACACUGUACAUUUCAAAGGUUUGGUCUCCCAGGUGGGCCUCGCUUGCCCCCUGUGCCAGGGAAAGUAGGGCCUGUGCAGCUGACUUCUGAGGACUGUGAGUCAGGCAGCAUUGAAGUGGGCGUGGGUCCUGUUUGGUUGGGCGUGGGCUGCAUGCAGGGCAGGCGGGGCGAGGGCUGGGUGUGUGUGGCCAGGGCACGGGAAUCCCUGGUGGAUUCCGAUUCCUGGGAUGAGCGGUAACGGUCCUGGGCCUGGCGAGGAGGGGGCUGAGGGAGCAGGCCUGCUGACGAGCUGGUUGCUGGCAGCACCAGGGCGGGCUGCUGGGGAGGGGCGGACGGGUUUCCCAGCCUGGGGGGUGGUAGUGCGGCAAGUUGGGGAGGGCCAGCGUGGCAGCUGGUCACCAUCCGCAGCUGCGUCGGAGUUGCCUUCGCCCAGCUUGAAGAGGUAAGAUUCCGCAGAGUCACACAUCUCCUGCCGCUCAUGUGGUGGGUGGACAGACACAAGUUGCCUGUGGUGAACACGUUUCCACUGCUAGUUGGAGAUCAUUAGAAUUGAACUCAGUAUCUUUUAGAAUGAAAUCAAGUUAAGUGUAAACCUCAGUUCAUUUUUUUUUUUUUUCCAAAACAGGAAA